UGUACUAAAUCAACGAUAUUGAUAUGGAUCGGGUGAGUACAAGGGAUGGGCAGUGAUGCUCUUAUAUCGUGGUACUCGAACGUUCUUCACAGGUACUAGUGGCACCCGAUCGCACUUGAUUGAACUGUUACUGGGCACUGCUAUUUGUGCUUGAUUUUCUUCCUCCUGUCACAAGCUACUAAACAAUAUACUUCCACAUUCUAUGUCACAUGAGAUCAAAACGUGGAGGGGCAAUUGUUUGAUAAUCGAAUUCAACUAAUCAAACUCAUAUUCUGUGGGCCGAUUAAUCAUCAUCGUUCCAUUUUUCGUCCUUGCACCUCCAUGACUUCGUCCUCGGUAUCUGAACACGCAUAACACAUCCAUUUGAGGUAGUAGUCAUGUCUCGCAUGUGGACUUAGGGAAUUCACUAAGAGCAAGUUCACCUCAUGUUCAAUGGCGCGUGCACGAGCUGUUGUGGUAGGUUCACUCGAUGGUUGGGGAGCUGUGCAGUAUCCAUGGGAUGACCGUAGGUCGUUUGAUAAUCGAAUUGAAUUAAUCAAAUUCUUAUUCCGCGGGCCGAUUAACCAUCACCGCUCCAUUUUUCCAAGCACACAAACGAAGGUAAUGUCCUCCGCAUGCUCCCGCCGCGCGCUAAUGGCCACCCGUACGGAAGCUGGGCACCCUAAUUUGGGCAGAGCGGCAACCGACGGCCAGGCGAGGCCCUCUCAUGGCCGCUCGCGCGCCCUACAAAACGCGGCGCCGCGCCACCCCACCCUCUCCCAGGCCUUCCAGAGAGCGACCGAGCCGCCCUCCCCCCACCGCCCCGCUCCCACCACCGGAAUAAACCGCGCCUCGCCGGCCGACCUCUCCUCCUCGACCGCCUAGCCGCUUGCUGUUUGUUUCUUUUGCGCAGGCCCCGUGCAACCGUACCGUACCCGCGAGGAGAGAGAGGCAGAAGCCAUGGAGAUGAAGAAGAUCGCCUGCGCCGUGCUGAUCGCCCUGGUGGCCUCCGCCUCCCUGGUCGCGGCGACCGCCCCGGCCACCGAGGCGCCGGCCGAGUCCCCCGGCGCGACCGGCGCGGCUGCCGGCGCCGCGGCCGGAGCGGCCGGAGCGACCGCCCCGGCCACCAGCGGCGCCUUCGCCGGCGCGCCCGGCGCCGCCGCGCUCCUCGUCUCCCUCGUCGCCUACUACCUGCACUGAGACGGGCCGGAGCUCGCGCUCCCACGUUCCCACGCGGCGCCACGCAGACGCGUCGGUUGAUUCAAUUUAAUUUAAUUUCAAUUCACCGAUCAACUAAUGACCACUCUAUGAUGAUUACACCACACAUUAUCGGUACUAUGUAACUGCGCUUGUAAUUCUUCUUUUCGACCCGUUUGGUAAACUCAACCCAAUCCGCGUCUGUAACCCGUGGCUAAUGGCGCCGUGUUAUCAUUUCAUUCGAACAAUUGAAUGAUAUUUGUUGUGAUUCUAUUCUA